CCAGUCUCUGUCCAGGAGCGGCCAACAACCUUAAAGAGCCCUCGAGUCGCGAAACCAGAGGCGGCGGCUGUGUUUUAUAAUAUAGCCAAUAACAUGGUAUAAAAAGAGCACAGGAGCGCUGCGUGCCUCUGUCUGCUUUUCAGCUAGUCAGGGAGAAACGUAACGGACGGAGAGUGCACAGGAUGUGUGCUGCAGUCGCGAAGGUAUUGGCUGUUACUGUAGGGCGGAAGCAAAGAGCAGUCUCUGGAUUCACUCCGAUUCUUUAUAGUUAUUUCAGAAGUUCCUGCUCCUGGAGAGUGCGAAUUGCACUGACUCUGAAAGGAAUUGCUUAUGAACAGGCACCUGUGCACCUUCUGAAGGAUGGAGGACAGCAGCACUCUUCUGAGUUCCAGGCUCUGAAUCCAAUGCAACAAGUCCCAGCCCUCAAAAUUGAUGGUGUCACUCUUUCUCAGUCGCUGGCCAUAAUCGAGUAUCUGGAGGAGACUCGGCCAAACCCUAGGAUCCUGCCUCAGGAUCCAAAGAAGAGAGCCCAAGUCCGGAUGAUCUCAGAUCACAUUGUUUCUGGCAUUCAACCCUUGCAGAACUUGAGUGUUUUGCAGCAAAUGGGAGAGAAGCAGCAGGAAUGGGCAGAGCACUGUAUCUCUCGUGGCUUCAAAGCUGUGGAGCAGGUCUUGCAAGAAACAGCUGGACGUUAUUGCGUUGGGGAUGAGGUGACCAUGGCUGACCUGUGCUUGGUUCCUCAAGUGUACAAUGCUGCUAGAUUUAAAGUGGAUCUUGCUCCAUACCCUACAAUUGUCAGGAUCAACAAAGCUCUUCUGGAGUUGGAUGCAUUCCAGAUAAGCCAUCCAUGCCGACAGCCAGAUACCCCUCCGGAAACCAGAGCUUGAAGGUGCCCUCCUUUCUCACUGCAAGGAGUGUUGGCAGCAGAUGAGCCAAGCACUCUUUGGCGCUGUCAAAGGGAUCAACCAAGAGCCACAGCUCAAAUGCUUUUCUGGCAGCUACUGAAGAGACGAGACAAAAGGGAGGCAGACAUACUGGAAUAGUAGGAUAGGCAACUCCUGGUAAACUCUACCAGUCCUAUAUGACCAUUGUAAAUGCCAUCGUGAAAUAGAUUAAAAGGAAAAGUGCCUGUGGA